AUGCGCUAUUCUGAUCCCCGAUAUCUCAACUCUGGUACUGUCAUUGGGCCCUUGGGUGAUCUGCGCGACUGUAUUGACGCGGCACUGAUCUUAAUACAAGGUACAUGGAAUUCUACAUACAAGCAUCGGAACUCGGACCAAUAUUAUCUGGGCAAACUCUACGCCCGUCAGGAAGUCAACCAGACCAUGGCUAUCACUGGCGGUAUUGUCCCAAAUCUCAAAGGCACAAGAAAACUUCCACAAUCCAGCGAAUUUGGUACUAAACAAGCGGACUACCAUAUAACUGUCGAUCACGAAUCAGCCUUUACUUGCACCCAAUGCGCCAAUGUGGACUGGAUGCGCAACAUUGCGUUUGACCGUUCUGGAUACCGCAGUGUAGUAAAGAACAGCAUUCGAAAGAAGAAACACCCUUUCAAGCCAUUCACCAUCCAGAUGCCUGGUCGUGUCGUGAAAGCAUUAACAAGACUAUACGAUGCCAUCAAUCAUGAUCAGCCUACUAGCCAGUGGAUCAAGAGCGUAAAGUUGGGCACCAACAUCGCUACCGGACAUAUUUAUCCCCUUUACCAUGGGACCUGCAGAAAGAGCAACUUUAUUAGUAGAUAUAUGGAUCUCUGGCUAUAUCCAAUAUCUAGAAAGCUGCUGGAAGCUGCUUCAAAGGCUUUAGAGGGCAAGGAACCGUUGUCUGCGGAUAUGAUUGACGGAAGACAUUGGAUAUCUUCUCAGCAUUAUCCUAAUAACAAUGGCGGGCUGCAUGGUAUUGGGGGUAUAUACACAGACUCUCAAGACAGCAAUGAGAGUUUCAUUCCACUCACAGAGUUCUGUACUGGGUAUUUGGAAGAGUUAGCACCUUGA